AUGUCCAACAAGACAAAUGUCUCAGAGGUUUUCUGUUCCCAGCUUGAGGUGAUGAGGAGCCAUGAACUUAAUAACAACACACAGGUCAAUCUGACUGUGGUUUGCAUCCAUGGACUGGUCUCUGGCCUGGGGAUUUUGGAGAAUGCCUUGAUCAUCUGGGUGGUGGGCUUCCGCCUGAGACAACGCACCGUGGCCUCCAUCUGGGUGCUCAACCUGGCCCUGUCUGACUUCCUGGCUACCCUGACGCUUCCCCUGUUCACUUUAUACCUAAACUCUCGUCACAGCUGGGAGCUCGGCAACCCACUUUGCAAAGUGCAGACAUUCAUCUUUUUCUUCAACAUGUUCGUAUCAGCCUUCCUUUUGGCAGCCAUUUCGCUGGACCGCUUACUUCUGGUCACCAAGCCAGUGUGGAGCCAAAAUCAUCGAUCAGUAGCGGGAGCGUGGAAAGUGUGCAUAUUGGGUUGGUUAUGGGCAGCAGCUAAUGCAUUGCCAUAUUAUGUUUUCCGCUCAGUAACUGAAACGAAGCAUGAAACGAAGCAUAAAAGAAAGUUGUGCUAUCACAAUUUUGCCAUGUAUUCCUCAUAUGCCACACUUGAGAGAGACUGUAACAUGAGGCAGUGGACCACAGCUAUCUCCAAGCUGCUGCUGGCAUUCAUAUUGCCACUGGCAGUGAUUGCAGGAAGCUACAUCAAAAUUGGUCUCAGUCUGAGGAGCAGGAACAGGAGGAGGAAGCAGAGUGCCACUAGACUAACUGAUGAUCUGAUUACGUUAAACAGAAAUCAAGAAUCAAGAACUACACAUGGAAGAACUGCAGCCACAAAUAAAUUAUCUCUCAAAUUUCUAAUCCCUCGUCCAUCAUUAACCACUAAAGAAGGCCCCUUGACCCCUACCACCCCUAAUCUGGCGAGUCAGAGCCAGCUAUCCCAGAGUUUCACCAAAAUGGUGACAUCUGUGAUUACAGCAUUUGCACUGUGCUGGGCUCCUUAUCACAUCUUCUGUAUGAUCGAAGUGGCAGCCCAAUAUAAUAUGGACUAUCUCAAACUAGUGGAAGUAGGUCUACCUCUAGCUACAACACUGGCAUUCUUAAAUCCACUACUGAACCCUAUUCUCUAUGUCUUCAGUUGCCCACGUUUCUGUGUAAGAAUACGGCAGAGUCUGGGAGCAGUGUUUGACGGACUGGUAGAAGAAAGAGGGGUGUUACUGAUGACCCCAGGAAAGAGCUUAAUAAAUCACAUUAGGAGGAGGAGCAGUCGAGAUGUUGGCCUAGGAAUCCCAGCAUCACCCUGUCAGUCACAAGGCACCCAGCCCACCUUCUCAUCAGCUUUGCAGGACAGUAAAGUGGAGCAUAGCUGA